UAAAUUCGUACUGCUUUUGUUUUAUGAAUCAAUUGUUUUCCCAGUGAAGCUCUGGUCGCGUCGCAUUCUGUUUUGUGUGGUCGUUCGAUAAGAAGAGGUUCAAAAACGAUAAGGGACGAAAAGAGAAGGGGUUAAAACCAGAAGGAAAAUAAAUCAGCACACCAAUUAUUAAAAAGGAACCGGAUGACGUCAGGAGGAAAAUACUAAAGACUUAAAAGAAAUCUAAAAAAAAAAAUAUUGAACAACUACAUCUUAAGUAGAGUUUUAUAAAAAGAAGCCCGAAUGAGAGGAUCUUGGGGGAGAGGGCUGCUAUUGGCCGCAGCUCUCACUGCACUUCUAUGCUUCAGUGCUGUAAGCACUGAGGACUCUCCUCCGAGCAAGGAAAGCAAACCAUCUCCACCUGUUGGACCAAGGGCUGGUGGAAAACAAGACUCUGCUAGUGGUAGUGAUUCCGCUAGCGGAAGUGGAUCUGGCGGCGGCGGUGGAGGUUCAGGAAGUCCAAGCUUUGGAAUGAUUUGGAAACCAAACCCCUUUCUCCUACUCGCAAUAGCUGCUCUUCUUUUUGGACUUGACCGCCGCCACCACCUCACUUUUGGAAGGUAAAAAAACUAUAAAACAAUGGCACGAAAAAGGACUGUUUACACCGCAAUUUCUCUCCAUUUUCCUACUUUUUGUUAAUUGGAUAAAAACUACUUGCGCUUUUCCAUCUAUUAUAGAAGAAAAAAUGUAAAAGAUAAAAACACAAAAAUUAAUAAAUAGUUCAUGUUAAUCAUCUGAA